AAGUAAACAAUACGAGCGCCUGCAGUGACAUAUGGGUAAAAGCAUAUGUAUAUAUAAACAGUCAGAAAUUCACGUAUUUAAUAUAUAAUUAUAUGUGUAGAGGGAUAGAGGGAAGAAUAGAUGGACUGCCGGGUUCCGGAGUUUGAUUCGCUGUGAUGCAUGCAGCUCGGCCUGUAGGAAUGUAGAUGCCUUACCGUCGCUUUUGCACCACACCACCACCCGGUGUCCCCUCUUGUGUUCCUUGCCUCCUUAUUUUAUACUAAGCUUAUAACCUAGUUAUAAGCAUGUUAUAAUAAAUAAUAAAGUGCAUAUUUGGUUUAACAGCAUCUAGGUUGUUCUCUAGGUAUCUGUUCCCUAAUUAUUUAAAUGAUGUGUAGAUCGCAGUUCGCUUAGGCCCUACGCUCUCCGUCCUCCCUAUGCUCACUCUUCUGGGCGUGUCUUCUUUCGUGUUUGUGCAUUGGCGUCGGUGCAGGAGCAGCUCACACAACGAUGCUGCGUUUCACUACAGGCGACCAGCUCUUCCCGCCACCACGAAGACGGAAGCUGAGUUGGAUCAGUACGCCAAGGAGGUGCUGGACUUCAGCUCGCAUUACGGCGGCGAAGGGAGCAUGUCGUACACAAUGUGGAACGCAGCUGGAGCCCCCAGCGUGUUCCCGAGUUCAGGGGACUUCACGCACACGGCCGUGUUCCGCACGUACGGACGCUGGUGGGAGGACGAGCGCAGGGAGCAAAUUUUCAGCCGGACGCCGCACUCCUUCCACAGUCGGGAUUUCCUCGAGGUGGCGUUCGAGGAGCAGGUUUUCCCCACCUCCAUCACCGUUCUGGAGACCUACCAUCCAGGCGCUAUCAUCCAAAUUCUCGCCUGCUCAUUUAAUCCCUAUGCUGAAAACCCCACUUCUGAUGUCAGGUGGGAGGUGCUGUGGGCAGGGGAGCCCACCAAACUGGUCAGUCCUCAGGCGCGUCAGUUUUGCCCCCCCAUCCGUCCGAUUAGCUUUGCUACGAAUUUACUACGUUUGGAGGUAAACAGCUCUCUACUGGAUUAUUACACCGAGCUGGACGCUAUCAUGCUGCGUGGCUUGCGCAACCACGUCAGCAGCAUCACCGCACCCGUCAUUGCCAACACCACAACCAAGAAGGACAGCGAGCUGCUGGGCAACGACGUGAGCACGGGCAACGCCAAUGGCUACUUCAGCAAGCUACCAUACGAGCUGAUCCAGUUGAUUGUGAGUCACUUGGCCGUGCCAGAUCUGUGUCGCUUGGCUCAGAGCUGUAAGCUCCUACAGCGCCACUGUUACGACCCGCUGCAGUACGUUCAGCUCAGCCUGCAGCCAUAUUGGUUCCGCUUGAACGAUCUGUCUCUGGCACACUUACAAUCCCGGUGCGCGCUCCUGCAGCGCCUCAACGUGUCCUGGACCGGAAACAGAGGAGCCGUAACGGCCGGCGGAUUCUGCAGUUUCAUCAAGGCAUGUGGCGCAAACUUGUUUUGUUUGGAACUGUCCUGUUGUCACUUCCUGAACGAAGCGUGUUUGGAAGUGAUCUCGCAGACAUGCAGCAGCCUUCAGGAGCUCGACCUCGCCUCGUGUGACCGUCUCGAACCUCAGGCGUUCAACCACGUUGCUAAACUCGCACGUCUGCGCAGACUCGUCCUGUACCGCACCAAGAUUGAGCAAACAGCUAUAUUGAGCAUCCUGACAUUCUGCACUGAACUGCGACACCUGAACUUAGGCAGCUGCGUGAUGAUUGAGGACUAUGAUGUGGUGGUGAGUGUGUUAAGCUCUCGCUGUCGAUCCCUCGUCUCUCUGGAUUUGUGGCGUUGCAGGAGUCUGACCGAGCGCGGCCUCUCUGAGUUAGUGUCGGGCUGCUGCGCUUUAGAAGAACUCGACCUGGGGUGGAGCUCUGCCCUCCACAGUGGCUCCGCCCUCCACGGCGGAUCUGCUUCAUUCAGGCACGCAGCACGCAGACUGAGCCGUCUGCGCAGACUUUACCUCACUGCUAACCGUAACAUCUGUGACGCAGACCUGGAGCACAUCGCAACACACUGUCCUGCACUGGAGCACCUGGAUAUAUUGGGUACACGGUUGGUGAGUCCGGCUGCUUUACGCAGGCUGCUCCAGUCAUGUCCCCACCUGCGCCUGCUCGAUGUUUCCUUCUGCUCGCAGAUCGAUGCACGGACCGUACAGGAGCUCAGCGAACUUUUUCCAAAUGUCGCCAUCAAAAAGAGUUUCACCCAGUGACCUCUGACCUUUAACCAGCUUUACUAAGCAGACACUAGGACCCUGCGGUCUGGCGCUCAGAAAGACAGACACCAGGAUACUGGAACUCGGUGACAUACUGCAUUAAAGGAGACACACACACACACACACAGUUCCUGUUUGUAAUCUCAGGGUUUAUUUCUUUAGAUAAUCCCAGUAGCCUUGUUAUGAAUGAAUAUUAUCUACUUCUUUAUUUUCAGUCCUUUUUUUAAAAACACUGUGUUCUGAUUGGCCCAGAGAUGUAACUACGACAAACGUUACACGUCUUUAUUUCUACUACAGAGUGCAUGCGUAUACAGCCCACAGUAUAUUUUAAAGAGUGUUGCAUUCUCUGAUAGUCAUUUUGUCUGUCCUGUUUCUUUUUAACGAACAGAGGAAAUAGAUUUUGAUUGAUUUGAAACCAGAAAAUGAAUAAAUGGAUAAUAAUAAUUGUUAACCUGGAUUCUGCCAGUUAAUGCAUGUAAGUGAAGUGAAAAUAAUGUGAAGGAUAAUCUGUUUUUUUAUUUUUAUUUUUAUUUAUUUAUUUAAUUAAUUUAUUUAUUUAUUUUUAAUUUUUUUUUAUUUUUACAUUAUUAUUAUUUAUUUUUCCCCCCAUAAUAUAUUAUGUCUUUAUUUAUUUAUUUAUUUAUUUAUUUAUUUACUUUAAAGAAAACACUCAUAUUAAGGAACGCUAGUUUUUGUUCUUGUCUGUUUUGUGCUUGCUCUUUUUAUUUCUCAAGCCGGAAAGUAGGAAACGCCAAUUAAUUUAAAAAAGUUGUUCUCUUUGUUUCUUUUAUUUUUCUCCUUCGUCCUAAUUAAAUCAGAACUUCAGAGUAGUUGACGUGUUUCCGUCGUGUUGACGCGUUUUUUUUUAUUGAAGCCCUAAAAGCAAACUUUUCUCUCAUUAACCAGCACAACUACACUCUAAAAGCUAUAAAAAAAAAACACACCAACCCUGUCAAUCUUCUCAUGAGUAGAUUCCUUUACAUUGUAAUCCAGUGGAAUCCACCGGAAUCCAGUCGAUCAGCAACACUAACAGGACAAAUGCUCGGAUUACGCCGUACGUUCACCUGAACCGGUGUCUGGACGAGCAUUAGAGGACAUACAGACACAAUGCCUGCUGUGUUAUUGUCACUUUUAGCUUUUUUUAUAUAGAUUUUUAUUUUUCGAUCGUUUGUUGCUGAGCGUCUCAAUAACACAGCAGUGAAUUCUGGGAGAAAAAAAGGAUUAUGGGGGAAAAUGUUGAACUGAUGAUGUGAAAACUGAUGCUUUUAUUUCUCCCUCUUAUUUUUCUAAGGAUUGAAGAUGACGUGAAGUGUGUUGGAUUAUUUAUUGAAGCUCUGAGUUAAUAUGUGCCAUCAACUGUGUGUGUGUGUGUGUGUGUGUGUAAGAGAGAGAGAGAAAGAGAGAGUUAAUUACGAAUAAUAAAUAUGAACAAUAUGGAUUACUUUCUCCGUCUCAGAGUUUCGCCUUCAGAGAAAUCGGCAUUCAGAGAAAAGCACAAAAAUUAAAGCACAACUUACACAAAAGCAGAAAGGAUCAAAUAAACGAAGGAAAGAGAAAGAAAGUGAGCAUUUCCUUUACUGUACAUGCUAUUCACUAUUAUAGAGACACAGAAUGGAGCAGCGGUGGCUCAUGUGGUUGUUGAUUGGAGAAUCAGGGUUCAAGCCCC